AUGUUGUCAUUUCAAGAAGUAUUAAAUGCUACGCAAGCUAAACUGGCAACAAUGCCACCAGGAAAUUUACCAAAAUGGCUAUUGUUCAUCUCGGUAGUUUCCGUAUUUAACUCGAUUCAGACGUAUGUGUCUGGUUUGGAAUUAACACGUAGGGUUUACGAGAAUAAGCCCUCUCAGACUACUUCAUUGAGUGCAAGAACCUUUGGCACAUGGACGUUUGUCUCAUGCGUUAUUAGGUUUUAUGGUGCGUUUUAUUUAAAUGAGCCACACAUCUAUCAGCUAACUUUUAUUUCCUACUUGAUUGCAAUUGGACAUUUUGGUAGUGAACUUUUGAUCUUCCGUACUUGUAAACUGGGUAAAGGAUUCAUGGGUCCUUUGGUGGUUGCCUCAACUUCUUUAAUCUGGAUGUACACUCAAAAAGAGUUCUACACCGGAUUGCCAUGGUAA